CAUAUAUCUAUCUCCUAGAUUACUAUUAGGGGACGAGAAAAAAUUGUGUCUAGUUUGCUUCGGCCAUUUAUGAUGACACACGUACAUGAUCCAAACAAAGAAGCAAACUUGACAACUAAUUUCUGUGGAAAACAAACAAAUUAGUACAAAUUAAUCAAAGUCCCAAUUAACAUUAUCACUGGAAAAGUCACUGAUCAGCGAUCACUAUAAAUAACCACCUACAUUACUAAACACUAGUAGCUCACAAAGCAUAACAAAGAACAAAGAAACAAAAAUGAAGUUCUUGAGUUCACCAUUGGCAUUAACUUGCGUCUUUUUCUUGUUCCUAACAGGAAGCUUGGCACAAGAUGUUGGUUCAAUUGUGACCAACGACUUGUUCAACAAUAUGCUAAAGAAUAGGGACGAUGAUAGAUGCCCUGCCAAGGGCUUCUACACUUACGAUGCAUUCAUAGCUGCUGCCAAUUCCUUUCCAGGUUUUGGUACUACUGGUGAUGAUAGUGCCCGUAAGACGGAAAUAGCUGCCUUUUUUGGUCAAACUUCUCAUGAAACUACUGGUGGUAGCCUUAGUGCAGAUGGUCCAUUUGCCGGAGGAUAUUGCUUUGUUAGGGAAGGCAACCAAAUGGGUAGCGGAUUUUAUGGCAGAGGACCCAUCCAAUUGACAGGGCAAUCUAACUAUGAUUUAGCUGGGCAAGCAAUUGGACAAGACCUAGUUAACAACCCUGACUUAGUAGCCACAGAUGCAACUGUGUCAUUCAAAACAGCAAUAUGGUUCUGGAUGACACCACAAGGCAACAAGCCAUCAUGCCAUGACGUUAUCACGGGGCAAUGGACUCCAUCGGCCGCCGAUACUUCAGCAAAUCGACAACCGGGCUAUGGUGUCAUUACCAACAUAAUUAACGGUGGAAUUGAAUGUGGCAAAGGGCAGAAUCCACAGGUGGAAGAUCGAAUUGGGUUCUACCAAAGGUAUUGUACCAUAUUGAAUGUUGCUCCUGGGGACAACCUUGAUUGCUACAACCAGAAGAACUUUGCCGAGGCCUAGGCUUUGUCACAUAGAAAACAAAUCAAAUCAUGUUAUGAUUUAGUCACAGUGAUGACAGUAUACAAGUUAUGUAUGAAUAAAAUGAAUAAAGGAUUCUGGAUGCCCAUUUAAAAUAGAGAAAUAUAGUUUCUUAUUCGUCUUCUUGGAAA